UUGGUUUACUCAAUGGGUGACACCUCAGAGGAAGAGAAUUCGCCCUACAGAUGUAUAUUUGAAGAAGACUUCAAGUACAUCCUUUUGCCUGUGGCCUAUUCGAUUGUGUUUGUACUUGGCUUCAUCCUCAAUGCCAUCGCCCUGUACAUUUUCAUCUUCCAGAUCAGGCCAUGGAAGGUGGUCACCAUUUUCAUGUUCAACCUGGCUCUGUCAGACCUCCUCUAUGUCUUGUCCCUUCCUCUGCUGGCCUACUAUUACUCCAAAGCCAACGAUUGGCCCUUCUCCGAACCGCUCUGCAAGAUAGUCCGCUUCCUCUUCUACACCAGCCUGUACUGCAGCAUCCUCUUCCUCCUCUGCAUUAGUUUCUACCGCUUCCUGGCGGUGUGUUACCCCAUCCGCUUUCUACAAUGGGGCCAAAUUCGAUACGCCCGGAUUGCCUCCAUUACUAUUUGGGUGGCCAUUGUUAGCAUUCAGUCACCAAUACUGUAUUUUGUGUCCACCAGCCAUAUAGAUAACUCCACAAUCUGCCACGACACAGCGAACGUUGAUCUCUAUGACCAGUUUGUUGUUUACAAUACGGUGACAAUGGUUUUGCUCUUUUGCGUCCCCUUUGCCAUCCUCCUAAUUUGCAACUGCUUCAUGAUUUACGUGCUUGUAACGCCAGCAGUGCCCGCCUCACAGGUGUCCAAAUUCAAGAGGAAGUCGGUCAAAAUGAUUAUCACGGUCCUUGUGGUUUUCAUCACCUGCUUCUUGCCAUUCCACAUCACCCGUACACUCUACUACUACUUCCGCAAGGUGGACACGGCCCCCUGUCCUACAUUAGAUGCCGUCAACGCAGCCUACAAAUCCACGCGACCUUUAGCCAGCCUCAAUAGCUGCAUCGACCCCGUGUUGUACUUUUUGGUUUGGAGGUUCCGCCUAGUAGUCAGGAACAGAAGGAGAAACUAA